UGGCGAUGAUGAUGAUGAAGAAAGAUGUACAAGGAUCGUCUUGCCGUGGUGAUGUGCAUGUCAAAUCAAAACAAGAUUUAGAUGGUCUCAAGACAUGUAAGACAUAUGGUGGCAACAUUGUGGUAGAACAAACAGGCAUGACGGAAUUGAAACUCCCUGGCGUGGCAUUAUUAGAAGGUGAUCUUGUCAUUUCAAGUAAUGAUGCUCUUCAACGUGUCUCUUUCCCGGAAUUACAAGCUGUUAAUGGCCAACUUCGAUUACUCAAUAACAGAGCCCUCAACUCAUUGGAAAUGCCUGCUCUUUCCGCUUUACGUAUGUUUGAACUAUCUGUUCAUCCUGCACUCAAUGAGGUGAAAUUCCCUGCUGGUCUGAAUCAAGUUGAACAAUUCCUCGUUGCCGAUACAACUGUCGUUCGUAUUGAAGGUUUGAAAGUAUCUACUCUCAAGGAUCUGACUAUAACCAACAAUAUUUAUUUGAAACAAUUGACUGUUGGCAAUUUGACUCGUAUCACUGGUGACUUGACCCUUUCUGCCAAUUCUCCUGUAUUGAACGCUGAUUUGUCAUCCAUUCAAGCAGUGAACGUAGCUACCUUUAGAAACUUGGCAAGUAUCUCAUUGAAAGAAUUACGUCAAGUGGCUGGUGACAUAUCUUUUAUUACAAAUACAUUUACUGCAUUGGAACUACCUUCUGUCACUGGAAUCGCUGGUACUCUAACCAUUGCUGACAAUAUCCGAUUGAACAGUUUGUCCCUUCCUUCUUUGAGUCGUCUUGGAGGAGCUCUUUCUAUCUCUGGAAAUACUGAACUAAUCUCUGUGAAUGCAUUUCCUAAAUUGGAUGAAGUGGAUGGUACUUUGGAUAUCGUAGGCAAUUUUGAUGAAGUGGAUCUACCUGCAUUAGCUGAUGUACGUGGAGGACUCAAUGUACAAACAUCAAGUAAUCAAUUUACAUGCGAUAAAAUCAAUAGUUUGAAAAAAGGUGUCAUUAAAGGGAACUCUUUUGCUUGUAAAUCUUCAGUGGCAAAACCUAAAUCUGGUAUUCGAAAUGGAAAAGGCUCAUUUGGUGAUGAAUCAUCGGCUGUCUUUAUUAAGGAUUACUCUUCUGGUGUUGGUUCAUUCUUCGCCAUGGCUAUUACCAUUAUGUAUACAUUUAUCUAGUUUAUUUAAAUCAAUUUUGUUUGAUGAUCCAUCUUAAUUUUUCUUUUUCCUCUCUUUUCGUCCUUUUUUUUUCAAUGUUCAACU